AUGGCUGAUGAAUCGGAACUCCUGGACUAUGAAGACGAAGAACAAGAGACAGUACAAGAAACUCGCCCAAACGGUGAAGCACCAGCGAAAAAGGGCGUUAAGGGUGCUUAUGUUACAAUACACAGUUCCGGGUUCCGUGACUUCAUCCUGAAACCCGAACUUCUGCGAGCAAUCGUUGACUGCGGGUUCGAGCAUCCCUCAGAGGUUCAACAUGAGUGUAUACCGCAAGCCAUUCUUAGUAUGGAUGUCUUGUGCCAGGCAAAAUCUGGGAUGGGAAAGACUGCUGUGUUCGUAAUUGCUACCCUGCAGCAGUUAGAUCCGGAAGAAGAGGCGAACACCAGUGUGCUAGUACUGUGUCACACGAGAGAGCUGGCGUUUCAAAUUAGCAAGGAAUAUGAACGUUUCUCCAAAUAUAUGCCGAAGAUAAAGGUUGGUGUAUUUUUUGGAGGCCUCCCAAUCCGUAAGGACAUCGAGACGCUAUCGAAGUCGCCCGUGCACAUCGUGGUCGGAACUCCCGGUCGGAUACUGGAUCUGAUACGCAACCAGGCCCUGAAGCUUCAGCACGUAAAGCACUUCAUUAUCGACGAAUGUGACAAAAUGCUGGAUAUGCUCGACAUGCGGCGCGACAUUCAAGAGAUCUUCCGAAUGACCCCACAUCAAAAGCAAGUCAUGAUGUUCAGUGCGACAAUGAGCAAGGAAAUUCGGCCCGUCUGUCGCAAUUUCAUGCAAGAUCCUCUGGAAAUCUUCAUCGAAAAUGACUCCAAGCUCACUCUCCAUGGUCUACGCCAGCACUACGUUAAGGUGAAAGAAAACGAGAAAAACCGGAAAUUGUUCGAGUUGUUAGACGAGCUUCAGUUCAAUCAGGUCAUUAUCUUCGUGAAGUCCGUCCAACGCUGCAUCGCCCUGGCGCAACUGCUGGUCGACCAAAACUUUCCUGCAAUCGCGAUGCACCGCCAAAUGACCCAGGAGGAACGGCUUGAGCGAUACCAGGCAUUCAAAAACUUUCAGAAACGCCUGCUUGUCGCGACUAAUCUUUUCGGUCGGGGCAUGGAUAUCGAACGGGUCAACAUCGUUUUCAACUACGACAUGCCUGAAGAUUCUGACACCUAUCUCCACCGAGUCGCUCGCGCUGGUCGAUUUGGAACGAAGGGCCUGGCAAUCACAUUUAUUUCCGACGAAGUUGAUGCUAAAGUUCUGAACGACGUACAGAAUCGCUUCGAAGUCAAUAUCAGCGAACUUCCAGAUGUCAUGGAAAUCUCCAGUUACAUGGAAGAUCGCUAAUACCCAACUUGUUACAAAUCCUACUCUUGUUUAUCUUCCCUAUACAUAUUAUUUGUGCUUUGUA